AUGCGAGCCCAGCCUUUUUCCCAAAAAGUCGAUAAAAUUACAAGACAACAUCGAAAGGCAACACUCAUAUUAAAUAAUAUGAAUGGUCUUGAUAACUCUUAUACAGUCAAUCCAAGAGUAAUAAAAGCGCACGAUGGUGAAUUAGCUGCCAUGGCUUUGAAUCAAAAUGGUACUUUGCUAGCGACCGCGUCACUUCGGGGGACAAUAGUUCGAAUAUGGAAUACAUCGACAUUAGAAUCCGUAAUGGAACUAAGACGUGGUACUGAUACAGCUGAUAUUAAUAGUAUCAGUUUUAGUUUUGACUCAAGUUUUCUAUGUGUAUCUAGUGAUAAAGGUACCGUUCACAUUUAUUGUAUCCGUGAUCCAAAAUUAAACCGUACAAAUAUCAUGCCAUUAAAAGAAACAUUUUGUGAUGUUUGUAAUUUUAAAGUAUCUAUUGAGUGUCCAUGUAUAUGUGCAUUUUCCGGGCCAAAUUAUGUUGUUGGCUAUUGUACAGAUUUAGAAGUGAUUGAUCGCGAAUUAAAAAUAUUACAAUCAUUAAAAUAUGAAAAUGUUGUCGAAUUAAUUGAAUGGUUUCGUGAAAAAAAACAAGUAUAUCUCGUAUUCGAAUAUGUCGAAUGGAACAUGUUACAAGUUUUACAAAAUCAACCAGAUGGUCUUCCAAUUGAUCAAGUACGAAAUUUAACGUAUCAAUUAAUUAGCGCUAUUUUCUGGUGUCAUUCACGCGAAAUCAUUCAUCGAGAUAUCAAACCAGAAAAUUUGUUGAUUGGUAAAAAUUGGAUACUAAAGCUAUGUGAUUUCGGUUUUGCUCGCGAACUGGACAAAGCAUCAUGUGACUAUUACACAGAUUAUGUGGCAACUCGUUGGUAUCGGGCGCCAGAACUUUUACCGUACGGAAAAGGAGUUGAUGUGUGGGCAAUUGGUUGUAUUAUGGCUGAAUUGAGUACCGGUCAAGCAAUAUUUCCUGGCGAAAGUGAUAUUGAUCAAUUGUAUCGUAUUCAGAAAACACUUGGACCCUUACCAGCGAAACAUUUUGAAGCAAUGAGAGCAAAUCCAAAAUUUGAAGGAAUAAAAUUUCCUGCAAUUCACUACUUGGAGACAUUGGAACGACGUUAUACUCAUAUCCUGCCAUCAGAUUUACUCAACUUAUUGAAAAUUACACUCAAAGUAGUGGCAACUGAGCGGUGGACAGCCGAACAAUGUAAGCAACAUGAAGCUUUUUCCCGAUAUCAACCUAAACAAUCUGAGCAACGUCUGAAACGACAACGUGCGUAUGAGAAUCGGCAACGCACUUGUUUGUCUCGUGAUAACGAGGCUGUUGUUCCAAUUACAUCUCAUUCAUCAUUUAAGCAAAAACGUUCCAAUGAACUUGAACGCAAAACGCCUCUCAUCGACAGUGGUACUGAUGUUUCAUUAAAUGAUCUAUCACGGAUAUCUGUUUUUAUACCACCACCAUCACGAACGGAGGAACAUUCUAGAGCAUCUCCACAACAAUUAACAACGCAAAUACAUCUAAAACGACGGAACACUCAAUCGAUACAUGUAGCAGACAAUAAUGAAACUUCUUCUCGUACCAGUCAUCGUCAUGGACAGCAUUCGCUAAAAAUAUCACCCACAAGAUCCAAGCUAUCUCACAGAGAACAAUCUCUGUCUUCAAGUGAGGAUGCGAGUGACGAUCAACGGUCUACGCGUCAAACAAGUAAACAAAAGAAUAACCAUCAACAAUUGAUUAAAUCAUCCCGUUUAUCAAAUUCAGAUAGCAGCGAGGAACUGAGUAUCAUUUCACACGGUAAAAAAUAUUUAAAAAAUCAACCUUUGAAGUCGGCUGACAUAAAAAUUAACCGUCAACAAUCGUUAGAUGAAAAUCAGCAGGUUAUACUGCAACAGCAACGUCAACAACAACAACAACAACACAUUUCAACCAUCCCAAAAUCUGUCUAUACAUCGAAUGGAGUUAUUCUAAGAAAACAGCAAAAAGAUAAGCGAUUCAAACGCUUUAGUCUUGAUAAUGAACAACUAGAAAAAUUAGAUAAACAAAAUCAACAAAGUCCAGAACCAAACAUUUAUCGUAGUUCGUUGGCCAUCGUGCCAGGUACAAACAAUUCAAUGAAUGGAAUGCAUAUCAAUACAACUUCAUCUUCAUCCUCAUCAGAUCAAAAUAAUCUGUCACAACAACAACAACAGCAGCAACAGCAACAUAGAGAAAUUAGAUUAUCACAAUUAAAUAGCAACAGAGACGAAACCAGCGCUAUGGAACAAAGACCACGGUGGAAUCGUGAACUAAUUCGCAGUCGUACAAUUGAUUGUCAUCCUAAUGAAAUACCAGUUAUUCGAUCAUCUUCUAGACAAACAAUGUUAAUAGUGCAAAAUAAGUCAGAUAUACGUUCCGAUUCACCUUCCAACAACCGUACACGUCAACAAUCGAUUGAAAAAAAGAUAAACCGUUCUCGAUUUAUCUACGAACAUGAACCGGAUAAUCUUGAACAGACUGAUAUCGAUUCAACAAUUUCAUCAAUGGUGAGUUCAACUGUACCCAGUUACUGUACAAGUCGUAGCUUGGAACAGAGUCAAAAAUAUCCUUGGAACAAUGAUCGACGUCCAAUCUAUGGAAGCGAUAGUCAUUUGCUUGUAGCUAAUAUGCCAAAUAUAACAACCAGACCAUUUUAUUCACCUACAAAAGGCGAUGUUCGUCCGUCUUCCAAGCUCUCGGUUGUUGCUCGCGAUUCAAAUCAUGAUGUUAAAUCGGCAAAACUGAAUAAAGUACUGCUCAAGACGCCUGGAGAUAGAAAAUUAGUACCGCCGCCGGCUAUGUUUGGUAUUUAUCCAUACGCUCGUAAUGCUGUUUUACAUCAACAAUCACCAUCUUCUCAGCUUGCUCGACAACAAACAAUUCGUUUACCAAGUACAAAGGGUCGUAAAGACACUUAUGAUCGUUAA